ACCGGCCCCUGGGUCUCCUUCUGGGCCCUGCGUCAUUUCCGCUACUCUCGGCCGAGCGGGCCCCCCGGGGCUAGUCCCGCCGCUGGGCUGCGCGGAGCUAACCGCCUGGCGGGAUGCGGCCGCCCCCGGGGACGUGCUGGCUGCUCCUCUGGCUGCCGCCGCUGGCCGUGCUGCCGGCGGGCGCGGUGCGCGGCGAGGAGAACGAGGCGGCGUUGUCAGUUCCAAGGUGUAAAGCUUUGAAGGAAAUGGAUUUAAUUAAAACAUCUCAGUCAGACUGUUACUGCUACAAUCAAAAAUCCCAAGUGAAAUGGAAGUAUAUAUGGUCAACUGUGCAGGUGAAAAUCACCAGUUCAGGCCUGCUCAGUAUUGUAUAUAUCACAGAAAGAUAUAAUUGCCAGUAUCCAGAAACCAUUCUAUCUAUUAUCAAAUGUGUGAUUCAUAAAUUUUGGACACCAAAAGAGUCUAAUGAUAUAACCAUAACCAUCAAUCCAUAUGGGGAGACUGUGUGCUUCUCUGUGAAGCCUGCCAGGAAGAUAUUGAUCUAUACAGUAAGCGUGAAUCGAAACAUUGUGGAUUUCAAACUCUUCCUUGUGUUUGUGGCGGGCAUUUUCCUCUUCUUUUAUGCAAAGACCUUGAGUCACCUGAAGAGUAAAGCUUGGACUCAGAGGAGCUGGGCUGCAGGCCUGAAUCCUCCAACUGGCAGGAGCCCUGUUUUCUUUUACUCUUCGGGGACUAUGCUAGGUAUUCUAAUGACAUUAGUCUUUGUCCUGUUGCUGGUGAAAAAGUUCAUUCCUAAGUAUAGCACCUUUUGGGCUCUAAUGGUUGGUUGUUGGUUUGCUUCAGUUUAUGUCGUGUGGCAACUGACAGAAGAGCUGAAGUGGCUGUGGUGUGAAAACAGAAUAUAUAUAUUAGGCUACGUCUUGAUAGUUGGGUGUCUCAGCUUUACUGUCUGUUACAAGCACGGGCCCCUCGUGGAGGACAGGAGCGUGACCCUCUUGGCGUGGACGCUGCAGCUCCUUUCCCUGCUCCUGGUCUACGCCGGCGUGGCCAUUCCUCAGUUCGCCUACGCGGUGAUGCUUCUCAUCCUGUCAUCCAGGAUGCUGCGCUACCCAUUGAGAGCGCUCGCUUAUGUGAGGUGGAGAAUGAAGAAACGGUUUACAUCAGAAAAGCCGGUGGUUAAGUUCCUCACUGAAGACGAGUACAGGGAACAAGCCGAUGCGGCGACGACCCGCGCCCUGGAGGACCUGCGGCAGGCCUGCCGCAGCCCCGGCUUCCCGUCCUGGCUGGCCGUCUCCAGGCUCCGGGCGCCUAAAACGUUUGCAGACUUUGUUCUUGGAGGAAGCCACUUGUCGCCUGAAGAAAUCAGGCUGCAUGAAGAACAAUAUGGCCUUGCGGGUGCCUUCUUGGAAGAGCAGCUGUUUAACCUGAGGACUCCUGACAGUCUGCCUGCACAGUGACUUCAUUCUGGACAAGGAAGUGGGGAAAGGCAGGGAUCCUAUUAAAGGUGGGCAGAACUGUACUGGGGAACAGUGGCAAAAGCAUUCACUAUGGAGAAAAAUCAAGUCCCACUGGAAAGGAAAACUAAACUGUAUGGAAGGUAACUGGUCCUUCCUGGACAGUUCUGUGUAUUGUACACUGUAGGUGGCCACCAAGGUUCUGUGACAGUCAUUACCACUGUCCUUGAAUGAAGACUUUCAUUAGGAACAAAGGGAUCAUGUUGAUCUUCAAGGGGCCAGUGAAUUUGAAUAGGUGCCUUGUCAACUGCAGGGCAUUAAAUCCUCUCUUAAUCCCCAGAACCUGUGUCAAAAGACUCUGCAUUGCUCUUCCUGCGUGUUAUCAGUGUAAGUGCUGGAAGAGACCUGAGAUACCAUGGACCAGUAUCUUCCAAAGUGUAGUCCACAGGAUGCUAAUAAGUGUUAGUAGGUAAAGGAGUCCUGAGGUCAACUAAGAUGGAUGCAUGAUUAAACAAACGUACUGCAGGACUUCUCAGAGCCUUUAAUAAUGCUAAUGCACACUGUGAACCUCCUAAAGAGGAGGAAUUGUGUGCAGCAUUCUCCAACUUAAUUUGACAACAGAACCCUUUUUCAUGAGAUUAAUAUUUCUUGGAACACGUUUGGAAAAUGCUGAUGGUGGAGGAAUGGAGAUUUCGAAAGGUUAAAUAACUUGUCCAAGACCACAGGGAUUUUUAGAGGCAGCCCUGGGACUAGAACUCCAGCCCUACUGUUUACAAUGACUCAGGUAGAAGAAGAGACCUUUAGAAAUGAGGCACCAUCUCGCCACAGCCUUGGGUCUCACAGUAUUGGUGUAAGGGGCCAUCUCUCCACAGCCUUGGGUCUCACAAUAUUCAUGACUUAUUUUUUAUUUUUUAAUAAUAGCCAACUAACUGUUUCAUAACUGUGAUAAAGAGAAACAUUUCCUAUGGCUGUAUUUUAAAGUUUUGAUAAGACUUUUAUAGACAUAUAUAAAGAUUGGAAUUACUUUUUACAUUUUUUUGUAUGUUGAAAUUGACGGCAUUUAACCUCAAGUCGACUGGGCUAUUUUAUUUUAUUUUAUUUUUACUCCCUAAAUUCAGGUCUCAGUAGUGUUCACACCUGAAUUUCUACAACAAUUCUGGUUUGUUUUUUUUUUUUGGCUGCAUUGGGUCUUUCAUUGCUACACGCGGGCUUUCUCCAGUUGCGGCGAGCGGGGGCUACUCUUCGUUGCAGUGCACGGGCUUCUCAUUCCAGUGGCUUCUCUUGUUGCAGAGCACAGGCUCUAGGCUCGUGGGCUUCAGUAGUUGUGGCACACGGGCUCAGUAGUUGUGGCUCGCGGGCUGUAGAGCACAGGCUCAGUAGUUGUGGCACACGGGCUUAGUUGCUCUGUGGCAUGUGGGAUCUUCCCGGAUCAGGGCUCGAACUCGUGUCCCCUACAUUGGCAGGCGGAUUCUUAACCACUGCACCACCAGGGAAGCCCCUCGACUGGCCUAUUUUAAAAAAUUGUUUAGUUAUAUGUGUUUAUAACAAUUUCCUACAAAACAGAUUUGUGAUCUUUCUUAUAGAGAACAAAUCAUUUUUCUUCUUGUGCUUCAUGAUUUUAGACUCCAGAGUGAAAUGAGGGACUAACCAUGAGCUUUGACCCUGAGGAAAAGAGGCGAAAACAUAGGUCUGGGAAAAGAUCUGAACAUGGCAAAACAAUCCAAGGGUUAAGAUGUUGCUAUCUUCUCUUUAAGAAUCAAACUCAGGCUCUUUUGCUGUGGUGGGGCCAUAAAGAGUAGCAGCAUAAAGAAUGAGGAAUCUCCUUUUUCUAGAAGGGUUAUGGAGGAGGGACACACAGAUCAUUUGGGCACUGCUUUCCGGAACCAAAUUUAGUAUAGCGUUUUUCUAACUUGUUGAAUAAGAGUGUGGCUGCCUGUUUGGAAUUCUUUAGAUUGAUUUCCAAAUGAUAUUUCCUCUUUGAAGCAGUGUAUCAGUGUUUUACGGGUCUCUAUUUUUGCCAGACACCUUUUAAUAUCAGGAGCUUUGCUAUUUUUGUGAAAUACACUAAAUUUAAUCUGUGCUUUCACAUGGACUUUGAUAUAAAAAAUCAAAGUAUCUUCCAUUCAGAUUUAUGAAGAUGAUGACUUUUAUAAGUGUAAACAGUUGUAAUAGCGUUUUUGUUAGUUUAAUCUGAUUUUUAUUGUUUUGUAAUUCUAUUUAUUGGUGCUAUAUUAUAAACGUAUCAGAUGUGUUUGUGGUUGUGCUCACCAAGAGGCGGUGUGUGUACGUGUGUGUGCAUAAUGUGUGCAGUCUGCUGGAGUUCCCAGGGGACAUCCCAGCCAAGACAGCCACUGGGCCUCACCUGCGCCAGGGUGAACAGGUGCCGACAGUAGAAGAAAGCAGCUCCUGGUGGGCCAACAAGCUAGGUGUAGCUAUUUUUAUUGUGAUUUUUAUUGCAAUAAAAAUAGCUAAAGGAAGAGAAAAGGAGCAACAAGAGGCUUUGGGGAUAUUGUUUUUCAUUUUUACUUUUAGAGGAAACCAUGGAUUUGUCAGUUUCUGUUAUGUGAGUACUGUGAGAAGCUAAUUAAAAGCAUUGCUUGCGAUAUGUUGGGUGUAUUUCUGUUGUGUU